UCCCCAAUAUCGUUAUCAUAUGCAUCUGUUCUCCACCGAUAAAACAAAUAAACCCUGUGUACGGCCAUCUGAUUCCCUCACCCGACCUUCCCACAGAUAAGAUUAAAGAUUAUCCGGUGAACUCGGCAUUAAUUUCGAAUAUAUUUUCAUCGUUUUAGUACAUUCGGUUUUUGGAUUUGGUAAGUCGCAAUCGGAUUGUCUGAUUGAUUGAUUGCUUGAUUUUUGGUUGAGUUGAGGAUGAUGUCAGAAUCACACUCGAUGAACGGUCAGAACUCCGGCGAUGGUGGCUCCGGUGAGAUCAUGUUGUUCGGAGUCAGAGUCAAGGUUGAUCCGAUGAGGAAGAGUGUGAGUAUGAACGAUCUCUCACAGUACGUACAGAUACAGCCUGCUACACAUGGUUCGUCUAGCAAUAGUAAUAAUAACUUUGAUGGCUCCACCGCGGUUGCCGCCGAUACCGGUUACGCCUCUGCUGAUGAUGCUGUCCGCAACCAAUCCAAUGGCGGACGAGAACGCAAACGAGGGGUUCCAUGGACGGAGGAAGAACACAAGCUGUUUCUGUUAGGUCUGCAAAAGGUAGGGAAAGGGGACUGGAGGGGGAUUUCAAGGAACUUUGUGAAGACACGUACACCUACUCAAGUCGCAAGCCAUGCUCAGAAAUAUUUCCUCCGCCGGAGCAACCUCAACCGCCGGCGCCGGAGAUCCAGUCUCUUUGAUAUCACUACUGAUUCAGUUGCUGCUAUCCCAGUGGAAGAACAGAAAGAUGAUGAAGAUAACAAGAGUCAGCAGAUAUCUCCUCUAAGUGGAUUCCCAAUGGCAGCUUUUUCACCUCCAUCACCACUACCAUUAAUGGAGAACCAGAUGAAAACUGAAGCUUUCUGUAAUGGUGGUCAAUUCAAUCAAUCAACAAGGACAAAUGAAAAAAAUUCAUUGUCACUAUCUCUCAACCUCUCUCUGUCUUAUGAUAACAAUCGAAUGGUGGAUUCUUCCGCGUUCCAGGUCAUCCCACCCUUCAACAAUGGAGAUCGUAUGAUCAGUGUUGGUUAACCAUCUGCAAAUGAAGUGAAAUCUGCAGGUAGUUAGUUUUUUUUUUAUAUUUUUGUUUAUUUUAAUCUAAUACUUUAUCAUGUACAGACCAGGAUUUCCUUAAAUUAUCAUCAUGUUUGUUAUAA